UUCCGGGGACAGCUGGGCGAGGUCCGCCGUGCGUGUUGUAGGCAUCGUACGAUCGCCGAGCGGAUCGAACCGCCAGUGCGCAGUGCUCAGGCGCAGUGCUCACGUGCCGUGGGGUGCCCAUGGUUGUGGCCCGGACCAGCUGGCAGCGGCAUUGGCGCCAGGCAUGAGCGAGGCGAGUCGCAGCAGCCCUGGUGGGGCCGAGGCCAGCCGCCAUUUCGACGACUAUUGGAGCGAGUACGAGCACUUCCGCGUCGACGACGAUGAAGAUGAGGACCGCCCGCCGCCCGAAGAGGAGCAAGACGCAGACUGGCUCCGGGAAGUCGGCCUGGACUUCGUGCUCCGGGACGAGGGAGGCGAGUCCGGGGCCCAGACGUGCCCGGACCUGCUGCGCGUGCCGUACCUGCGCACGCUGAGCCGCGAGCAGGCGGCCGCCGUCCAGAAGCGACUGGACACGGUCACGCUGCGCCGAAAAAAGCACCCGCCCAAGCUGGACGUCCGGGAAGUCUUCGGAAGGCCCUCCUGGAUACAGCAGGCAGAGGAUGGUCCCGACGGCCUGGGAGGACGGGCCCAGUGGAGGGUGCCGGCGGCGCACCAGCCGUCGGUGCCCCGGCCCGCGGUCUACCCGAGACAGCCGUCGUCUUCGCUCUGGAAAACCCACAGGCACCAGUACGAGCUGAAGUCCACCGACGCCGUCGCCACGCCGGAUGCGGAGGGCGUGGCCGUCAUCGGGUACCGGAUGAAGGGCACGGUCCGCCACAUCCCGGAGCCCGCGUACAGAGACGUGGAGGAGGAGCCGGACGAGUGCCCCGUCCCGUCCCUGAUCGACUGGACGCUGCAACCAGGAUUCAGCGAGUCGUACGCCUUGGAGCACCCGGACCAGGAACUCCCCCUGGUGACGCUGUCGGCGAACCCGGCGGGCGUGGCCGUGCUCGGCCACCUGUCGCCGGCGGACCAGCGCAAGGUGCGCAACCUGGCGCUCAUCGAGCUGACGGCCAUGUACGACGCGCUGGCCGUCUCCUUCACCCGCCGCAAGAACACCCGGCGCAAGACCAAAGAGAGCCUGCUGUGCGGGGCGUCGCUGGCCACGCUGCUCGAGCAGGAUGCCCACCGGCACGUGCGCGCCGAUCACCACCAGGUGCCGCUGGUUCUCAGGGAGAUUCUGGACUUCCUGCGGCGGCACGGGCUCCGGGAAGAAGGCAUCCUGCGGGUGUCCGGAUCCGCCGUCAAGAUGGACGCGCUGAGGGCGGAGCUGGAGGCCUGCUACAGCAAGAGCCCGGAGCUCCUGGCGUCGGUUCUGGACCGGUACGGGGUCCACGAAGUGGCCGGCCUCCUCAAACAGAUCCUGCGCCACUUGCCCGAGCCGCUGCUCACCAACAAAUACGCCGACGCCUUCGUGCAAGUGGCACGUGUGCCCACCCUGCUGCUGCAACUCAAGGCGCUCAACCUGCUCGUCCUGGUCCUGCCAGAGCCGAACCGGGACACCCUGUUGGCGCUGGUGCACUUCCUGGCCGACGUGGCGGAGAUGGCCCCGCGGAACCGGAUGUCGCUGCACAACGUGGCCAUGGUGCUGGCGCCCAACCUCUUCUCGCCCAAGAGGCGCAAGGCCACCGAGGAGAACCUCCAUGUGGCGCGCACCACCACCACCCUCACCAGGAUGCUCGUCUGGUACCGACAGAUCCUCUGGACCAUUCCGUCGCAGUUGCUGAGCCAGGUCCGGAUGGCGUACCGGAUGGAGCUGGACAAGAAGCAGCUCAAGGAGAACAAGAAGAAGAAGAGGAAAGAGCGGCCCUCCUGGUUCGCGGCCCGAGACGCCGGCGACGCGGACGUGGUGCGGGUGCGGGUGGAGCACGACUCGGAGCAGGCGGCCACGUACCCGGUCAAGCUGAGCGACGCCACGACUGCCGGCAGCGUCGUGGGCGAGCUCUUCCUCGCCAUGCACUUCGAGGCCCGCAAGAAGGACAUCGUCAACGCAGGGAGGCCUUCGUCGGAGCAGUCCAGGGCCCACCCGGACGACACCUUGGCGACGUUCCUGCAGCACCACUGGCUUUACGAGGUCGGCGGAUACAUCGGCUGGCGUCGGUUGGAGCACGGUACUAACGUGGCGGCCGUGUGCCGGGAGAACCCGCUGGCCGACUGGACGGUCCGCUGCCACCACCCCCAGGGUCCCGCGGGCGUCCGCCACCGAGAGCCGUCCUCGGACCCCUAGCCGACAGAGGAGCGCCCGCAACCCGCCGAGGAAGCUGCCCCGCCUGCACAACGACCCGCGUGGCCUGCCGGUGGCCAGCGCGGCAUCCGUUCGCCGGGUGUUCGGUCGGCGCCAGACUUGGUUCGCUCCGGGCCUACAAAACCCGACAGCCUCUUAUGUUGCCCGAGCUGUAACACUUGGCCGCCUGGUGUGGACGCGUAAGGAACGACGUCAGCUCGCAGACGGGCGUUCGAUCGAUGACGUCGCAGAAAUGAGCCUCGAUUCAACGGCAUGUCCGUGCGCCCAGUGAUCGCUCCGAACGCUCUUUGACAGCCUCUCGUGAAAAGACGCUCCGUUUCACCGUGAACUGACAGCCCCAGCAUCGAUAUUUCUUUUUAUUUUUGCGAACCACCAAAAUAUGAUCCUUAGGGAUCGCGCUAUACAUUUUAAACUGCGUAUUGCGGAGAAAAACAUAUCUUAAGAAGGCCUACCUCGAAACUCCCUCCCGAAUCUUUAGAAGAGCGAACGGUUGAGAGGAGGUCGCCUCCUCUUCAGCGUUUGCUCUGCUCAUAAGGAAAGAGCUGGGAAGAGCUUCCCAACCCUUGUCCCCGAGCUCGCGAAAGUGGAAUUCUCGCAAUGGGGGACCCUCCCCACUCCUCUUUUCCUCCUCCCCCCUCCAGUUCGCCUCCUGUUGUUUGGAGUGCCACCUCAAAUUUCGUUUCGAAACUAACCGCCAUUUAGACGGUGUGUUUCCAAACAUAUGCACCGCCUAGAAUACACUGCAAUUACCCUAGCAGCUGUCCGAAAAACGGUGGCGCAUCGAACGACGGGAGGCGGACCGUGGGGUGAGGGCUACCAGCAGCGCCCAUGGGCAGUUCCGUAACUGAGUUGACCUAUA